AGUUGCCAUGCAUAAAUCACAGGGGGGGGGGUUACCUCAGCAUCCCCUGCAGUGACACACGUUAUGCUUUUAAUUCGGAGUGUUUCCGGUGUUCUGUGAGAAGAUGUCUGGAGCUGAGAUUUUUAACAUGAACGUGUUUUUUUGUAUGAAUGUAAGCGCCUGUCCUCUCGGAGCUUGUGGUGUAACUCGGACAUGAAGGUUUAAAGGUGCGUGUCGUCGCCUCGGAGUGUCAGGGGUGUCAGGGAUGCGGCGCAUGCUCUGCAAGUUCAUUUCAUCCCUGCCUGCCACGGAGCAGCAGCGUCCUGCUGAGAGAAGCCAUCAAGUGGAAAUGUUGUGCAUCUGCAGGGAGCCCUGGCCCCGGAGCUCCGCCGGGCAAGCUGAGGAGGCCUGAGCGGUCUCCACCUCCGGAUUAGAUGGUGGCAGAAAGCAAGUGUGCAUGAGAAGAUAAACAGAGGCUGUCCAGCCUGCGCCGCUGAUAAGCAGGAGCUGUGAGUCCACUCUCCCUUUGGUUGACAUUGUUGCUUUUUUGGGCCUCUUUGUGUGCCAGACUGUGUUUGUGGGAGUAGAUGUACCUAUUAAUAAUACAUUUAAUGGGCAGCAGCCCCUGAACUGUUGAUGUAGGCUUGGAACUGGGGCGGGUUUGACUGGGAAUAAUGGCUGACCACGAGGAAGCGGAGUUGUCGGAGUCCCUUCAGAAGGAGGACGGGUUUUCCAGUGAGCUGGAGGAGCCAGGUACAGACUUCAAAUCUAAAAGUUUGCCUAUUUUAAAUGAAGAAGCGCCCCAAGAGGAAACCUUACUGGCUGGUUCUGUGUCCAUAACGGCGGAGGAGAGCGCAGAAUUUAUCCAGCUCCCGGCCAAGACUGAGUCCUUUCAGGCCGAGUCCCCGACAAGAACAAACUACCUGCCCAAGCCGGGGAAGUCGGCGCUGAACAGGCCGAGCUCGUACAUGGAGAACACGGAGAUCCGUAGGAGUAAAAACAUGGCGAGAAGGAAGCCCCCGGGGUUUUUUGCUUCCAGGCUGACUCGGAUUCAUCUGCCCAGUCGGAAGUACCUGAGCGUUAUUUUACAGGACUCCCGCUGCUUCCUGUUCUGCAUGUGCUACCUGACGUUCAUCCAGUCGCUCAUGGUGUCGGGCUACCUCAGCAGUGUCAUCACCACCAUCGAGAAGAGGUACAGCCUGAGGAGCUCAGAAUCAGGCCUCCUCGUCAGCUGUUUCGACAUAGGGAGCCUCCUGGUGGUCGUCUUCAUCAGCUACUUUGGUGGGCGGGGCCAGAGGCCUCGCUGGCUGGCGGUAGGCGGGGUCUUCAUCGCUGUGGGCGCCGCCCUCUUCUCCUUACCUCACUUCAUCUCCCCGGCCUACCAGAUCCAGGAGGUCAACUCGUCCUCCGCCAACGAGGGCCUGUGCAUGAACAGCAAUGCCAGCGGCAGGGACCGUGUCGACAUCACUUCCUGUCCCAGAGACCAGGAGGGCAACGAGCACAACCUGUACGUGGCGCUGUUCGUUAUCGCUCAGAUCCUGGUGGGCAUGGGGUCCACACCCAUCUACACGCUGGGACCCACCUACCUGGAUGACAACGUCAAGAAGGAGAACGCUUCGCUGUAUCUAGCCAUCAUGUACGUGAUGGGAGCACUGGGUCCAGCCGCUGGUUACCUGCUGGGGGGAGUCCUCAUCGGCUUUUACGUGGACCCCAAGACUGUCGUCAACAUCGAUCAAAGCGACCCCCGCUUCAUCGGCAACUGGUGGAGCGGGUUCCUACUGUGUGCCGUGGCCAUGCUGCUGGUCAUCUUCCCCAUGUUCACCUUCCCCAAGAAGCUGCCGCCCCGACACAAGAAGAAGAAGAGGAGGAAAAAGCUCAGCCUGGACGACCUGUCCAGCGACGACGACGUCCUCAAGGAGAAGAGCAACAACAACAAGAGCCAGGCGGUCACCUCGUCCAUGGGCUUCGGCAAGGACAUCAAAGACCUGCCCAAAGCGGCAGUGAGGAUUCUCAGCAACGUGACCUUCUUGUUCGUCAGCCUCUCCUACACAGCAGAAAGCGCCAUCGUCACCGCUUUCAUCACCUUCAUCCCCAAAUUCAUUGAGUCGCAGUUUGGCAUCCCGGCCUCCAGCGCCAGCAUCUAUACUGGUGUGAUUAUUGUGCCCAGUGCCGGUGUGGGCAUCGUGCUGGGUGGCUACAUCAUUAAGAAGCUGAAGCUGGGAGCUCGUGAGUCGGCCAAGCUGGCUAUGAUCUGCAGCGGAGUCUCCCUGCUCUGCUUCUCCACACUGUUCAUUGUGGGCUGCGAGAGCAUCAAUCUGGGAGGAAUCAACAUCCCCUACACCACCGGACCAACUCUCACCAUGACCCAGAGGAACCUGACAGGGGGUUGUAAUGUGAACUGCGGCUGUAAAAUCCACGAGUACGCUCCAGUUUGCGGCUCAGAUGGCAUCACCUACUUUAACCCCUGCCUAGCCGGCUGCAGCAGCGUGGCCAACGACAGCACCGGGAUCCGUAACUACUCAGAUUGCGCCUGCGUCCAGAGCAGGCAGGUCAUCACGCCGUCAUCCAGCGGUCAGGGCAGCAACCAGCUGCAGCUCGUCAUCGUCAAGACCUACCUGAAUGAGAAUGGCUACGCCGUGUCGGGGAAGUGCGACCGCACCUGCAGCACCCUCAUCCCCUUCCUCAUCUUCCUCUUCAUCGUCACGCUCAUCACUGCCUGCGCCCAGCCCUCCGCCAUUAUCGUCACGCUCAGGUCUGUAGCGGAGCAGGAGAGGCCGUUCGCUCUGGGAAUGCAGUUUGUUCUCCUCAGGACUCUCGCCUACAUCCCGACGCCCAUUUACUUCGGCGCCGUCAUCGACACCACCUGCAUGUUGUGGCAGCAGGAUUGUGGCGUCCACGGCUCCUGCUGGGAGUACGACGUCACCUCCCUGCGCUUCGUCUACUUCGGCCUGGCCGCCAGCCUCAAGUUCUUCGGCUUCCUCUUCAUCUUCCUCACCUGGUACUCCAUCAAGUACAAGGAGGAGCGAGUGGAGCGCUGGCUCAAGCGCCACCUGUCACCCGUCGACACCGUGGGCAGCCUUGUCUGCCACCCGGGCGGCCACAAGGGCCACGCCCGCACCCGCUCCUGCCCCGUCAACAUCCCUCGAACCGACCCCAACGGUCUGCCAGCUAAUGCACCACCACGUGCCGGCCCCCUCAACCGCGGCGUCAGCACCCAGAGUUGCCCCGGUAAUGAGCUUAAAGCAAUAACUCCUCCCCCUGCAGCCACGCCAUCACCUGCAGUGCCCCCUGCCCCCGCCCCCGCCCAGGCCCAUUCGCUGGAACAUGUUUCAGUCCGAGUCUGAGUUUCGGGAAAGGGGGGGGGGUGUGACAAGGCAGGUCCCACCCACUCUGACGUUUUAUUCUAAAAUCCAGCUGAGUGGAUUUUAGCCGCUGUCGAAGGCACCAAUCAUCAGGUCCUGCUCUCAUCUCAUAACUCCGGCUGGUAAAAACUCAAAGUGGCUUUUACGUUUUGUCUGCACCACCAACCAUCAGCUGGAGGACCUGAUUCAUUCAGCAGCUCCAGACCUGUGGUCGAAUGAUGGAGAGUUGGACUAAUUUGGGGACCAACCAGCCUGGAGUCCCUCUGACAUGAAAAAUCUGCUUGGUCGGUGAAAACGUUGAAAGCAGCCGGGUGUUUUCUUUGUGAUCCAUCGGCCGGUGCAGGUGGACAAAAGCUUAGCUCCCCCACUUUGGAGGGAGGAGAGUUCAUCACUCAACCUAACCCCAACACCCCCCCUCACCUCGGCAAUAUGUGCCUUCUGUCACCACGGUCCUCACAUGUACAGUAUACGUGCAGACACACUGACACGGUGGACGUCCCUCAGACAGACUGUGGUCACCCUGUAGGAAUAAGAGUCACCUGAACAGAUACCUCAGCUUCGCCAAUCCUCCUGCUUCCCCCUCGCCUCACGUCUGCGUGCUUCUUCUUAUCUGCAUUAGUGUUUUUAUUUCCUUCACCGUCAUGUGUGGAUUUUUGUUUUUGCAUAUCAGCGCUCUCACGGAACAAGAAAAAAAAAAAACCUACAGAAAUGUGAUACACUGCAAUUAAGUGUUAAGAACUGGAAACCGAUGGCAUGGUGCUAUGUGAAAAACAGUGUUUAGUGUCCAUUUUUUUGUUCUUUUUGGUCAUUUUGUUUUUUAGGGUUAAAAACACUUGAAAAGAACCCAACUGGACAACUGGACAGGUCACUGGGCUAAGCAGCUUGGCGCACACAGAAUGCAUUCCUGUCCGAUGCAAGGCCUUUUGUUGCUCCCCUGACACAAUGACACGUAGUAUUACCGCUGGAAGUCGGAUUGUUUGGCUUGUGCCAGCUCCAUACAAUGCAUCCAUACAUCCGAGCUGUUUCCCUCCUGACUUGGCACCGUGAUAAGUGGUUUAACCUAAAAAGAACAGGAUCAGCAUUUUCCUCCUGACCACAUUCCUGGCUGGACGAGUCACCGGGGAUCCUCCACACGUCUGGAAGAAUACGGAAAAGAAAAAACAAUGCUUGGAGUUUUUAUGAGAUUGGACCGGGAAAGCGCUCUGGCACUCUUGACGUACUGUAUUUCUAUCAAUGAGAUGCAGCCAAUCAUUUACCCACAGUAACAUCAACAUUUGUACCGAACACGUAGGCAGACAAGUAGUCGACCAUCACGUAGAGGUCAUAGUGUAGUCAUCUAUUCCUCGUCAGCUCCGGAAAUGAAAGCUGCUGGUGAAUUCUGGGAUGUUACCCUGAGUGGAAAGUUAGUUUCUUGCUCUGCGUCCUGUUGGUUAAUUGUUAAACUGUAGUCCCAAUGAUUUAUGGGUAAUGAUGACUGAAAAUGAUUUGCAGUUUUCUUUGCCACGUAUCAGAUAACAGUUUGCAUACAUGCAGGUUAAAGUGUGGAAAGUAAGGUUUCCAGGGCGUGGAAAGUUUAAGAGUUUAGCAAAAUCACUGGAAAAGUACAGAAGAAGCUGCUGUUCACUGUUGAGCUGCAGCUGAUGAUUGUUUUCUGUACCUAUAAAUCUCCUGAUUAUUCUUUAAAAUUAAUCAAUUCUUAAAAGUAGUGGAAAAAUGCCCAUCACAGUUUCUCAGAGCCCAAUGUGACAUCUUCAAAUGUCUCAACCCAAAACCCCCAAAAUCCACAGAAAAGCAUCAAACACUCUCUCAUUUGAGUAGCGGCAACCUUUAAAUGUUGAGAUAAAUGACUCACAUGGAUUAAUCAGAACUGUUGAUUAAAUUUCUGUAUUAUUGAUAAUUGUUUUAGCACUAAAUCAGUCACCAGACAGGUUGUUUAACAGUUAUGGGCCAGUAGUUAAUGUGCAGAAUAAUGUUUGCUGCAGCCAUCAAGCAAUUUAUUACACUGUAAAAAAAAAAAUCGUCAACAGCACAAGUAGUUUGGGUCUAAUAUUGAGCUCUAAAAUCUUCUGUUUUCUCUCGAGCCCCUAAACUCCCAAAUGGUGAUUUUAUCUUUUGCGCACAAGUUAAUUAUCUUGUGGAAAGUUAGCCUUUAGUUCAGUCAGGACCACUUCAGUCAAAGAAAACUUUAUUUCCAUUUGCAGUAUCAUAUUUGGCGGUAUGGCUCUGUUCUGGGGCCCCUCUGUCUUUCCGAGGGCUACACAGAAAGCCUAAGGCAGAUAGAGCAAAUCUCCCUGCCCUUCCAUGUGCCUACGUGGAAAGCCCAAGGCAGGGAGAGCAGCAGCAAAGACAAACAGAAAUGACAUUGAUAAGUCAGACCUAACAUGAAAAGGAGGAGCUGGGGUGGAGGCAGGUUGUAAAGCGGCCUGUUCCACGUGCCUACGUUGAAAGCAUAAGGCUGAGAGAGAGAGCACACCUCUCUGCCCUUCCACGUGCAAAUGAGGAAAGCCUGAGGCAGAGAUGCAAACCUCCCCACCCUUCCAUGUGCCUACAUGGAAAGCCUAAGAUAGGGAGAGCAGCAGCAAAGACCCCCCAGGAACAGAACAGAGCAGCAUCAAUGACAAACAGAAAUGACAUUGAUAAGUCAGACACAUCAUGAAAAGGAGGAGCUGGGGUGGAGGCAGGUUGCAAAGUGGCUUGCAGAGGAAGCAGCAACAGUAGGCAGGCCAGAGCAGUUUAAAUAGGGCGCCCUGAAUGAGAAUCACCAAUUGGCUGUAUAGAAAGGAAUCAUGUGAUCUAUCAGCUGACUCCCUUCCAUCAAUCAGCUGCUCCAUCAGUUGAUUGGGCUGUUUGAGAUCAGCUGAUGUAGCUAACCUAACCUAACCCUCAAUCUUUAUAUGAAAAAAACGACCAAAAAACACCAGUAAAGUGGCGAGAACCUGAACUGAUGUAAAAUUAUAGCCCAGCCCACGGGGUUGGGUCCCAGGUGGAGGUUCAGGCCGUAUUGCGCUCAGGCAGAGAAUCAAAGUUCAGGUUCGCACAAGAUAUUAACUUGUGCACACAAGAAAAAAAAUGUCAGGCUAGAAAAUUGAUUGCAACCUUUAAAAUGUCAGUUAACUUUUAACAUAAUGAUCUCACCUCAAACUUAAUGUCUUGGCUGCUUUGGAGCUUUCUAUCACAUCAGACUAUCUUCAUCAGUAGGUGGAGUUUGACCAGUUGACAUCAAAAUCUGUAGAUGUUAAAAUUUAUUUUGUUCUCUUAACAAUUCUGGGACUUCUCUUCCAUCUGACGUUGGCUGAGGUUCAUUAUGACUUUGGAAACAGCAACUGACAAAACAGUCCCACCACAAGGUCCAUCCAGCGACUGUGUUUAGUCACAUCAUAUGAGGUUGUUUUGUCAGCUGCCGAUUCCAACGUCACAAAUGAGCUUUAAAACAUGUUUCAUUAGUUUUCGACAGAUGAGUGUCUCCAUUUGAAAAGAAAGCAGAAUAAGGCAUCAGGACGUUUGCUGAAACCACACCGGCAGAUUUUUUCACUUUUUGAAGUAAAUGAGACUCGGUAACAAACAAACCACCAUAAUCCUCUAAUCUCAUAGUAUUUCAAAGCCUCUCUGGCAUUCUAAAGAGAAAAAUGUUAAGAAAAAAGUAACUAUUUUUUAUUUUUCUGUAGUCAUGAUUUAUAAUACAUACAUAGAUUUUAUUUUUUGUUAGUUCAUAAAAUAAUUAAAGUUUGGGAUUUAGCUGUGUAUGGAAGAAAUUAAAUGCUGUAGUAAUUAGAAUUUUUACAAGCAGCUGAAUUGUAACAUUUAACCUCUAAACAUGUAAUGUUGAAAUAUAAAUGCCACUGAGAUUUUUUACUUUGAAAACCAUUUGUUUGAUUUUGAAAACAGAAUUUAUUUCAGAUCAAAUCAAACUAAUGGCAAUUUUUCACGCAAUUUUUUUCAUGUUGAACCUUGAUGUCCUGAUUUCCCCAAUCUCCAAUUCAAGCAACAUGAUUUUGACUGUAAUUGAACCAUAGUAAAUUAGCUUGAAUUUUUAGGUUAGUUUUUUAUAAUACUCAACAAUUUUUUAAACCUUAAAAUCACCCGAAAGUAAUUAUGGCUUUGUACGUUUCUGCAAACCACAGAUAUGUUACAUUUGCACGCUAUUAUGUAGGUGGAUACCUUUGAGCUUUAAGAAGAAGAUCUUUAUUAAACCCCAGGGGGAAAUUAAUUUUUUUGUUGUCAUAUACACACAGGUCCAAAAUACAUACACAAACACAAACAGAACCUAUACAUGUCAGGGUGAGGGGGCUGCCCAUGGGCGCUCUGAGCAGUUGAGGGCUUGGCGUCUUACUCAGUGGCACCUCGACAGUGCCCAGGAAAUGAACUGGCGACCCUCCAGUUCCCAACCCAAGUCCCUAUGGAUUGAGCUACUGCCGCCCCAUUUCAAGAACACUGUGGAUAACGUGUGGUUAGGUUCAGAGGGGGAAAAAAACGAAGAACAAAGGUCUUGUUUUGGCUUAAAAACCCAGUUUUGGUGGCACAAUCUCAGCUGGAAACACAGCAAUGACUCACUAAAAAACACCCAAUUUUGUAGUUUGUUGGUCUCACAGUGGUCUGCAGCUUGGCAAAUUCAGCUUGUGUACAUCUUCACUUCUGAAACGUGCAAAUGUAACGUAUUUCUUGGUUUGCAAUAUCAUACAAUACCAACAUUUUCUUGUGGCAACUGGUCUGCAAACAACUGCUGCACUGAAAUAUGCCAUGUGAAAAUUUCAGAGCCCUUCUGUGCAGAGUUUACAUGCUCUUCCUGUGUCAGCGUGGGUUUUCUCUGGGCGCUCCGGUUUGUCCCACAGUCCAAGGACAUGCAGGUUAAUUGGUGACUCAAAAUUGGCUUCAGGUGUGAAUGGUUGUCUGUCUCUAUGUGUCAGCCCUGUGAUAGUUUGACGACCUGUCCAGGGUGUACCCUGCCUCUCACCCAAUGUCAGCUAGGAUAGGCUCCAGCCCCCCACGACCCCCAACAGGAUAUGCAGCACGGAAAAUGAAUGAAUGAAUGAAACAUUUUAGAGAAUUUAAACCGUAUAAACUCAGACGAAUGGUUUUCAAAGUAAAAUACUGCAAUGCUAUAAAUUUUAAUUUCAACAUUAAGGAUUAACCAAUGGUUUCAUCUCACAGUUAGACAAUCAGCUACUCAUAAGAAUACAGAUUAUUAUGGCGAUAAUUUCCUUCCUCUGUGGUUGUGGGGCUGAAAAAUUCUGCACUCUACAAAGUUAAAGGGUCAAUCCGAGGCAUUUCUGGAGAAACACAGUACGCACUUUUCAACAACUUAAAGCAGUAUUAUUAUUUCCUAAAGAGCAACCUUGAUGCUUGUGACAGUGUUACAGCAGUGUGAGUGAACACCCUGUGUUUGGGACGGUCCUGCUGCCUGUGGAGGCUCAGUGUUACAUGUAUAUAUAUGACACGUAUAAGAUGCAGUAGUGGUGAGCUGUCACGUCAGCUGCUGUCCUCUGAGGACACCUGCUGGUUAGAUGUGGGACAGCAUGUAGAGACAGGAAGGCUUGAAUUUGACAAACAUCACAUCUCAGAUCAGGACAAAAAAGAGAGGGGAUGUGAUUGUGGAAAAAAAAAAAAAAGCCAACAGUGUGAUAAGAGAAAAAAUAAGUCCUAAUUUGCUGCUCUACACACAGAUUGUGUCUCAUACAAUCAGUGCUUUUACAUUUGAGACUUCUGAAUUGAAGAUUGUUCAAUAUUUUCACCAUCAUUUUAAUCUGCUGAUUAUUCACUGGAUUAAUGGUUAAUAGUUUUGUGUGUAAAAUGUCAGAAGAGAAAAAUGCCUGUUACAAUGUCCGAUUGUUUAAAAAAAAAAAAAAAAAAAAGUAUUGUUUUUGGGAUUUGUUCAUGUAUCAUUCAAAACCAUGGAAAAAAUUGUUUGUUUUUUACUGUUGGCAGUAUUUUCUGAUUUAUAGAAUGAUAAAAAAAAAAGAUAUUUUAAAAAAUCCCUCUGUAAAAACUUUGACUUUAGUAUGACAACAAAGUUAAACAAGAAUUUUGAACAUGGCUUUAUCCAUUGUUCAGAUUCCUACUCCGGAAAUGUAUCCAAAUUAGCUCAUAUUUAAUUAGAUGAUAUAUGAUUUGCAUAUUUAAACAUAAAAUUUCAGUAACCUGUGAUUAAUUGUGUUAUUGUAAGUAACCAACAGGGGAAGAUUUAUGGUUACCUGUUAGUUAAAAAUUGUACCCCAUUCACCUGCAGUGUCUCCUCUUAAAUUGAACAAAACUUCUCAUUAUUUGACAAGUUGGGGUCGGAAUCUGAGUUCAAUGCAAAAUCUCAAAUGUAAAAACGACUCUAACAUCAGAGGCACAAACUGGAGCUGAUGUUUUAACGAGCUUCAAGGCUCCAGUGAAAGAUAAAAUGUAGAAUGUGGUGCGCAGACAAAGAUUAGAGCUCUCGUUGUUUAUUGUGUGGUAUCUAGAUGAACUUUUAAGAUGACAAAUUGAAGGGGGAAGAGGAUAAAUAUCAUACAUAGCCACUCAGUCAGACAUGUCUUUGAAGAGAAAAGUCCGAUGGACACAAAAGAACCACUCUCCGAUGAAUAAAAAGGGGGGAAUGCAGUCGGUGAUCACCUGCCAAAAAGCAGCAAAGAAGAAAACUUGACGCAUGGUUUCAGUAGUCAACACAGUAGAGACAGUAGACUAGAGUAGAAACACACAACACGACAUUCCAUUUUCAUGUAAAGCGAGAAAACAACAGAUACAAAACACGACUAACUCCAGUGUGGAUCUGUGUAGUGUUAGUGAAGCACUGAGAUACUCAUCCACCCACGUCCUGUUUCUCUGUGCCUACAUUUCUCUUUUUAAACUGCUGUUUCACUUUGUUUCUGUGAUGCUUCUGAUCAGCCGGGGUUUCAAAUCAUCAACGACGCUGAGAGGAUGAAAUGUUGAGUCCGCCUUCCUGAGAGCUUCUCUGUGAAUCUUCAUCUUCUUUUAUUCAGUAACAGUAGCUACCUUUUUUUUUUUUUCUUUAAUUUGAUUUUGUGAAAAUAGUUUUAUCGGACAUAGUGGUGUUAUGAAUGUUUCUUACUGUCAACACAUCCCAUGAAAAGACCAAAACCAACAAUGUGUUUGUCUGUCUCGGAAUAUUUUCUGACUUCCUGUUUGUGGCUCUCAGCUCCGAGCCCAUUGGUUCCUACUUAAGAUGUAAAUCUCUAAAAACAUAAACAUAUAGUUUGAUCAGUAGUUUUCCUCUCUUUAAAUAAAAAAAAAAAAAACAGAGGAAAUAAUGGAUUUGUUGGGGACUAUUUUCAGCGGCGGAUUAAUCCACAUUUGGAUUCAAAAGUAAAAAUCAAUGACUGUACGUAAAGAUGGCCGACCACUUCCUCCCAGCCAAAAUAUUCUGGAUAUGGCUGCUACCAGUUGGCACUGGUGACGUCAUUUGGAGCCAGAGACUGCACAGUUAACGAUCUCCCGGGUAUCAAGUUCUCGCCGUCCAACCAGUCACAAGCAGCGCCAUUGAUUGUGAGCACUCCAUUGGCACACCAGCUGUCAAUUAUGACAUCACACCCUUUUUAAAAAAUGUAAUGACCAUUUAAAACCAAACCAAUCUGAAAAUUAAGCGCUUGAACAUCAGCGUAAUAAGAACUGUGUAAAACGACAGAAACCAUCUUCAGGAAGAAUUUAUUUGACGUGUACUUUGGUCAUUGAGGGUGCUUUCAGACCUAGAAUUGCUUUGGUCCGAAUCAGAGACUAAUGUUACAAAGUUGUAUAAUUACCUAGAGCUGGUUCAUGUUCUCACGGCAGCAUUUACAAGUGGACCAGAUCAAAUGCUUGCGCAAGACAGCUGCUCUUGAUUGGUCAGAAUUUCCAUGUGGGAAAAAUCCAGGAAGUAAACAAAACGAUGAAGAAGAGUACACUUGUAAGAUAAAAUGUCACAAUGGAGGGACAACUCCACAGGUUGAUUUUAGCACUGGUUAUCGUGUACUGUCAUGUUUCGUGUUGCUGUCAUUGCUGUCAAUCUUUACAUACAGUCUACGGUCAGAAAAACAGGGUGAUAAGAUAAAGAAAAUACACUCACUGUUGGUUUUUGUUAUUUCAGUGGGAUUUGUUGACGAUUAAAACAACCACUACAUUUAUCCUUUAAGGUCUGGUCCACAUAGACACAGGUACUUUUUAAACAUAGUUUUUUCUAAGGGUUUUGACCAUUCGUCCACAUGCACGCUGCCUCGUUGGUCGCUGAAAACAACCUUCAUCUAGUGUGAAGAUGUUCAGAAACUCAGUUUUCAGUGUUGAGUUUUUGGCUUGAGAUGUCAGGGGACGUGACCAAUAGCGCUGGCCAAGGCCAAGUAGCCUUACAGAAUUAGCUUCUGAUUGGCUAACAUUUUCUUUUUCUGGCUUCAGGGUUGCAGUUAUAUCCCUGCCUGUUGAUUUGACAUGUUCUUGACUGCGCUGUGUUUUUGCGUUUUCCGUUGGACAGUGCCUGUGGGGAUGGGGAUUUUUUUGGAGAACGAAGAAGAGAAAAACCGUGAUUUAAAAAUGCCUUUAUACAAGUGGACCAGGCCUACGUCUUGACCCAGGGCCUCAUUUGUGAUGUAAAAACGGGCAAAAUGUGGCCCAACUUGGCGAGCUUUGGAAAAAAAAGAGUAAAGUCAAAUUUACAUUUCUGUUUUACAAACAUCCUCCAUAGCUCCAUAAACAAUUAAUAUCCAUCUUCUCAUCUCACUCUCGGAAAAAUAAAGCAAAUAAAUUACCUAAAUGCUGAACUGUUUCUUUAAAAACACCAACGCAUCAGACAUAACCCUGUUAUUUCUUUUUUUUGCCUCCAUCAACCCAAAAGUAAUUUAUUUUUGUUAAAUUACAUGCUACAUUAAUGCCAUAAUUUCACAUUUGGUGGCUCAAUAAUCGUUUUGAAAGCUGAAAAAAUGCAGUAUUUUGGACAUAAUCUGUGUUUUUUUAACAGGUUAAAAGACCUAAAGUAUUCUGAAACUCGCUCAACAUGUAGUUUAAAAAUGCUAGAAAUAAACAUCUUAAACCUGUGCUUAUGAGAUAUUCAGUCUGUCGUGCAGGUCAUCUCAGUAUUUCAUCCUCACGUUGUUGACUACACUGACAUCUGUGGACACCAGCUCCAGGGUUUUACAGUGUCACUCAUUUUAUCCCCCUUUGACCUCCACUUUGGGACUAAGAAGUCGUUUACCUCCAUGUGUUGUGCAGUCGUUUCAUGUAGUAAUGUGGCAUCAUUUUCAGACUGUGACUACAGACAAAGACUCUGGAUCUGUAUGAACUCCUUCAGGCAGAUGUAGGUUAGAAUAUUCUCUGUUUAAUUUCUUUUCUUUUUUAAAAUCAGUAUUGUA